AUGUCGCUUUUUGAGGGCGUCGCCGUCGUGACGGGAGCCGCGUCCGGUAUCGGACGCCAGGUCGCAGUCUCCUUUGCCCGCGAAGGCUGUAAGCGCAUCGCCCUCCUCGACAAAGAUGAAGAAGGCCUUUCUGAGACGUCCCGCCGGUGUCGAGAAGCCAACGGCGACACGCGCACGUUUGUCAUUGAAAUCGACAACCGCAACGAGGAUGACGUCUCUGCCGGGAUGGAGUAUGUGACUGAAGAAUGGGGACGGAUCGACUACGCUGUCAAUUGUGCCGGCAUGUUCGGACCAAAGGCCCCAUCGCAUCUUCUCACGACGGCUGAGUUCGACGAGAUCACGACCACGAACUACCGUGGGACCUGGUUGUGCUCCAAGGCCGAGCUCUCCCAGAUGAUCAAGCAAGAACCGCUCAAGACUCACGACGGCAGACCAGCCGCUUAUAGUGCCUCCAAGGCAGCUAUACUAAGUCUCACCAAGAGUGAUGCUGUUGAUUAUGCAAAGUACAACAUCAGAAUCAACUGUGUCUGCCCCGGAAUUAUUGACACUCCGAUGACAAGUGAGAUCUCUACAGACGACCCCAUUAUUGCAGUGGCACCGAUGAAGCGCAAGGGAACGCCCCAAGAAGUUGCCGAUGCAGUUUUGUUUCUUUGCAGCUCCAAGGCAACGUUCAUCCACGGCGCUGCGCUUUCGGUAGAUGGUGGGUACGUCAUCAACUAA